AUGGAAUUCAAUUCAUCUGGUAAUUAUCUGAUUUCAUAUUUAAAUAAUAUUAAAAAAAAUAGUUCAGUUGGUGUCAAUUCAUAGCUUAAUCUUUAUUAUGUUGUAAUUAGUUCUGUAUACCUUAGUACUUGAGGAGGUACAAUAAUAAAAUUAUUUAUUGAAACAUGUACUUGGAUUUCUAAUAUAUUAUUCUAUGUGACUGCAAUGAAACUAUUAUUUCAGUUGAAGUAAAUUUGUCUCUUAUUUUAACUGUUAUUAAAAGUUUAAGUACAUUUUUUUGAAAAAAUUGUCCUAAUUACAAUUAGAAAGUAUAAGUGAGAUUACUUGUAAGUUAUUAAUUAUUUAUUAUAUAGUAUAUUUUUUAAAAUAAAUGGAAAUAUUUGUUAACCUUUUAUUUGCAUUAUUACAUAUUACAUUGUGAUAAAAAUCUAUAAAUAUUUAAAAUAUAAAAUGUAAUUCUCAUUUCUAUUUAACUAACUUUGCAUUUAUAUAUGGUCAAAAUAUAACUUAAUGAUAAUAAUAUAUUUAUUUUCCUACUUACAAUUAAUUGUAUUACAUUUUAAUUGACUGUUUCUAAGUAGAAUUAUUAAGUUAUUACACUGUUAAGGUAAAUAUUAUACAUUUUUUUUGUAGUAUGGUGUUAUUAUAUUUAUGCCUAACUAUGGUUAAUCUUUUAAUCUAUUUUAUGAAAACUAAAAUUAUAAUAUUAUUUUAAGAUUUGUUAUAUAGUUUAUUACAUUCUCUGUCAGUAUUAGAAGUAUAAAGUUAUCUGAAGCUAACUUCGUUAUAAUUAUAAUAUUAUGUACAUGUACGUCAUAAUAAAGUUACCUACCUUAAAAUAUACAAAGCUUUGUAAAAAGCUCAAAUUGUGUAAUCUAUUUUUUUCUACUUACAAUAUCAACGUAUACAAUAAAUAUAUUAUAAGAAAUUAUAAAAAUAAUAUAAUUGCAAUAAUAAAAUAUUAAAUUACCUAUAAUUACUUCAAAAUCCAUAUAAACUAUAGCAUUCAAUUUGGUUAAAUAUUUUUUUUCAUGAUUGAUAUAUUUAAACUAGAUAGACCUAUUAAAAUACCAAAAUGUACAAAUUAUAUCAUAAAGUAUAAAGUCAAUUAGAUAUCUAUAAACUAGAUACCUAGUUUUAAAGUUUUUUAAUAUUUUGUUAGUAUCAUAAUGAACAUUGAUUUUCUAAUUUAUGCUAUACUUAUUUUAUUUUUAAAUUUAGAACAUCCUCAUAAGAGGUAUAAUCCUUUAAAAGGCGAUUGGAUUUUAGUAUCUCCACAUCGAAUAAAGAGACCAUGGGAUGGGCAAUCAGAAUCUGUGUAUAGUGAUAUGGGACCAGAAUUUGAUCCCACUAACCCUCUUUGUCCCGGAGUAGUCAGAAGUAAUGGCAUAGUAAGUAAUAAUAUGCUAUAUGUAUACUAUGUGUAAUUGAAUUAAACACAAAUUGUUUUAAGUUGACUCCAGUAUACAAGUCCACAUAUGUAUUUACAAAUGAUUUUCCGGCUAUGUUAGAAGAUACUCCAAUCCCGCCUCAGAGUGAUGAUCCUCUUUUUCGUAUCGAAGGUGUUCGAGGCACAUGCCGUGUUAUGUGUUUUCAUCCAAAGUCCAAUGUUACUAUUGCUCUAAUGACUAUUGAUGAAAUAGUUACUGUGAUUACAAGGUACAAUUUUAGUAAAAUUAUUUUAUAUUUGUAUUUAAAAUUUGAUUAUCCUAGUUGGAUUAAACAAUUUGAAGAACUAGGAAAGACAUACACUUGGGUGCAAAUAUUUGAAAAUAAAGGUACUAUUAUGGGUUGUUCUAAUCAUCAUCCUCAUUGUCAAAUAUGGGCCUGUUCAUUUUUACCCAAUGAACCUUAUAUCAAAAAUAUUAAUCAAAGAGAAUACCUAGAAAAAUAUGGAAGACCAAUGUUAAUGGAUUAUGUUGAACGUGAAUUAAAAGCCAAAGUAAGCGAACCAUUAUUAUAUUUAUGUUCUAAUAGAGCCUAUACAAAAAUUAAGUGUUGAUCCUCUUGCCUUACAAAUAUCUAUUAUAUACAGGGUGUCCCACAAUGAUCUGCCACUUUUAUUCUAUUCAAUAUUUUUGUGAUAUAUAUAUAUAUUUUUUAGUAAUUAGUAUGCCUCUGUGCUUGCUACAGUUUAUAUAAAAACAUUUUUUUUUUUUUUUUUUUAGGGGAGGGGGACUAAAUAAAAAAUUUUUAAUUUUACUAUAAUUUUUUUUAAAAUUCAUAGUAUUCAUUUUGUAAAACAGAUUUUUAGAAAAUUUUUGGUGGUUGAAACUUCUGUUAAAGUAUUAUACUUUAUUUUCUAAAAUUUUUUGAAGUUUUUGCAAAUGUGAAUAUUACCUACUGUGGUUAUUCUAUUAUAAUAUAUAAUCAGUUAUAAGUCAGGGCAUAUGACAAGGAUUGUGUCGCCACACAAAUGAUAUUCUGUUACUUACCCUAUCCAAACUUAAAAGGGGAAUAUCUCAUGAAUGGAUUGACGGAAAUCAAAAAUUUAAAUUUGAAUACUAAAAUUAAUUUAAACUAAACAAUUGAUAGUUACUCUCAUUUCUUUCUCAAAAAUAAGGAUGAUAAAAAAUAAUGGUGAUGUAAUAUUUUAGAUCAGCUUGUUUCUUAAAUAAUCAAAACAUAUUUUAUUUUUUUUUGAAAAAAGUUUAUACUUAGGAAAUAAUGAAUGUUUAACAAUAAAAAAAUUAUUCCGCAUAUAUUAGAUAUAAUAUAUAUUAUCUAUAAGCAUUUAGAUUCGGGUUCAAGAGGGAGGGGUGUUCCUAUUUGAAAAUGGACUCAUUUUAGGUAUAUGGAGUAGGGGUGUAAAAUUAAAAAUGUUUUUAAAAUGAAGCUUAAAUGAUUCCAUAAUGAUUAGAAAAAAUAGAAAUCAAAUUCACUUAAAAUUUCUUUCGAUAAUUGCUGGUUCAUGGUUCACACAAGAAUAUUUACCACUUAAAAUAAUGUUCUAUUCAAUAUUUUUUUUUUGGUAAUAAGUAUAGGUAACUAAGCUAUUUUUAAAAUAUUAUUGUUUUUUUUAUGUUGGGGGAGGACUUUAAAAUUAAAAUUGUUUAAUUUAAAGUACCCCACCUAAAAAAAAACCAUAAUAAUAUUUUAAUUAUAGCUCCAAGUUAUACUAAUUACAAAAAAAAAUAUAUUAAAAAUAUUGAAUAGAACACAUUAUUUCAAGUGGUAAAUAUUAAAUACUAAAUAAUCCUGUUACACUCUGUAUAUACAGAGUGAUUCCAAAUUUAUAUUAUGAAGUUUUUUUGAUUCAUAAAUAUGUAAAAUGAAUUAUACAUUUUUUUUACAGUAUUUUAAGGAAGGUUUUUAGAAUCAAUUUUUAAAAUUCAAAUCGGAACCUAUACUUUUUUUUACGAACAUUUAUGUGAAGAUAUUUUUGUUAUAAGUUUUAGUGAUUGAAUAGCAUUCAUUUUUUAAAACUACAGUUAAAAGCGAUCUAAAUUUAAUAAAAUACAACUAUAACUAGUUCAUGGAAGCAGUGACAUAUUGUGUGAUGAGUGAAAGCAUUAGCUAUUUAUUGUUGUGUGGUCAAAAUACAAUUUCUAAAAAUAUUAAAUAAAUUUUGAUUUAAUGAUAUGUUUUUAAAUUAAAAAAACUUUCAUAAUAUACAUUUUUCUCUAUUUUGAAUAUUUAUUGAUAAAAUGGUAUUAACAUAAAUAUUGAAUCACAUAACAUGAAAAAACAAAAGAAUUUAGACUGUAUUUUUAAAAAGAUAUUAAGACAUCUGUGGAUCUUGUAUUCACCACACACAAUAGAUUUUGCAGCAAUAUAUAUGUAUGCUAUAUGCUAUAUUUACAAAAGAUUUUUAGUAAUGUAGUAGAAGCCGUUUAUUAGGAACACUUUUGGUUUUGCCUUAUAACCAGACGUCGAAUCCUGAUGGAAAACACAAUCAAUUCCUUCAAACAAUAAACCACUAUGAGGCUUCACUAAAGGCUUUAAAACGCUAUUCUGAUAAACACGAGCCCCAGUUUUAACCCCUUUCUCGGAUAAUUGAAUUUGCGUAACACCCCAACAAACCAUAACUUGAGCAGGAUGGUGGCUUCAUUGAACGCGUAAAACUUUUUCUCUGGUCUCUAAUGAUGAUCUUGCGUAUACUCUAUCAUUCUGCUUAUUGUAUAUUUUUUCAUCUAUGAAUAAAAUUUGUUUAAAUUUUUUUUGACUGUACGAGCGUAGGAGCUUUUUUGGUCUUUUGUCUUAUUCUCUUUAAUCGGUCCGUCAACAAAUGGCUUAUACAUCGCUUAUAUGCACGCAUAUCUUAAUCAUCUCGAACUAUGCGAGAAAUCGAGAAACUCGUGUGAUGAUUUUCGGUUUCUGUAAAGGAUUUCGAUUAAUUCUCGAACGAAUGGCUUCAAUUGCCUUUUUCGUAUGAGCAGAACGGGAACGACCACUUCUAACAUGAUCAACAUCACCAGUAAUGUUCAAUGGUACAAUACACAAAUCGUUCACUUAUUUUAAGUUGUCGCAAAAGAGCGAAAAUUUGUGAUACGGUUUGCCCGAUUUAAACAAACCAAUUAAGGUAUUGUGCGUGUGGUAAUGUUCCACUGCAUUGUUACUACAGGUACUACAGCAAUUGCUGUGAUCGGGCCAUGCACGUGACACUUAUUAUCAUACACAUAGUGUUGUUACUUUUAGAAAUUAAAAUGUCUCUUAACUACACGGUACUGACAGAAUUUAUGUCAAGACUAGGUAUAUGUAUCAAUAUAUAUGAUAUUAAUGAUUUAUAUUUUUGGAUAUUUAAAAUUUGUAUUUUUCAUAGGUUAGAAUUGUGAUUGAAAAUCAAAACUGGGUUGUUUUGGUACCAUUUUGGGCUUUAUGGCCAUAUGAAACAAUGGUGUUGCCUAAGAGACAUAUUAAAAGAAUAAAUGAAAUUACAGAUGAUGAACAAAUUACUUUAGCAUCAAUUAUGAAAAUAUUGACAACAAAAUAUGAUAAUAUGUUCAAAACAUCAUUUCCAUAUUCUAUGGGUUGGCAUGGUAAAUAUUUUAUCUUGAACAAAAUUAAAAUUACAUAAAUUAUAAAUAAUAACACAUACUACAUUGUCAAUACUUAGGUGCACCUACUGGGCCAUUAUAUGAAAAUAAUGACCACUGGGUAUUUCAUGGAAUUUAUUUACCACCUUUAUUACGUUCAGCAACUGUAAAAAAAUUUAUAUCUGGGUAAAUUAUACUUAUUAUUACAAUGCAAAUUAAAAUAAAUUGUACAAUUAAUAAUAGUGUUCUUAUUUAGAUUUGAAUUAUUAGCUCAAUGUCAAAGAGAUUUAACUGCUGAACAAGCUGCAGAAAGAUUAAGAUCACAAUCGCAUGAUCACUAUUUGCAAGAAAACCAAAAAUAA